CUCACUUCUACUCACAAACUGCAAGCACAUCCAAUUGACUUGAAUUUGAUUCUCCUUUCGUAUCCUCAAGAUUCUUCAUCAUGACGACGGAGUUCUCAUCUUUACCUAUGGUUGACCUAACUCCACUCUCACAAAAUCCACUGUUUACCGGGGACUUGAAGGACCUCAGCAGGCAGCUUGACAAUGUCUUCACUACAACAGGCUUCGCGUAUCUGACCAAUGCACCCUUGUCCUUCUCUCAUAGUGAGAUCUUCGAUCUUGCAAGGGACCUUUUCGACAUUCCUCAGCAGGAGAAGAUGAAGCAGGCCAAGAAAAUAUUUUGCCCCUCCAACACGAAUACAUAUCGCGGGUACUUUCCAUCGCAGCCAGGACAGUCAGACAAUCUGAAGGAAGGCUUCGAAAUCGGCCCAGCGAGUCCGAUCAGUGAAAAGGUUACACCAUCAAAGGACUACAAGGUCCACCUCAGCGAGCCCAACGUCUGGCCACCAGAAACUGUCCUGCCUGCCGAGAAACGACAACAGUUGGAAAAGCUUUAUACAGAGCUCCAGGCACUGUCUUUCCGCCUUCUAUCCCUCUGUGCGACGGCACUGGGAAAGCCAGAGGACUGGUUUUCUAGCUGGCUGGAUGACUCUAUCAGCACACUUCGUCUCCUACACUACCCCCCACAGCCAGGAACAGCCACCUCAUUGACGAGUGUGAACGAUCAGGCAGGCGUCAGUGGGGUCAAGCUUUGCUGUACGCCGCACACCGACUCUGGCAUCCUUACCCUCCUCCAUCAAGACCCCACCGGUGGUCUUGAAGUCCUUGGUGCCUCGGGGGAAUGGAUUGCCGCGCCUUAUAUUCCAGAGAGCAUCGUAGUUAAUAUUGGGGAUCUCAUGGCUGAAGUGUCUGGAGGCAGGUACUUGGCGACUUUGCACCGUGUCAGAGCAACAACCAUACUGGGGGUAGGCGAUAGUGGGCUAGGUAGGAUCAGUGUGCCGUUCUUCUUUGAGCCGGGCGAAAAGUGUCUGGUUAGAUCUGUAAACAGCGACAAUGAGGGGGUGUGCUAUGGCGAGCAUGUCCGUGCCAAGAUGAGCACUUGGAUCGAGUUUCAGGAUGUGGGAGCAUAA